CGUAAAUUGGGCGUUGAAUGAAUUUAGGUACAAGGCCUUCCGGUGGCGGCAAUCUCAGUUAAUCACAUUGGGUUUUAGUGCAUGCGACUUGCGUUGCUAUCUUGAAAUAUUUCCUGCUAUUGUACGUUCCAUCCGGGAAGUUUAUUUCUUUUCCAGCGUACCGUAUUCGUAUCGUAGCACAAGCCCAGCGUUUAAUUUGGCGGCCCUUUUAACUGUAUCAUAUCCAGGCUGAGGAUUAAGUUGUUGAGGAAGUAUGGCUGUUCAAGAAGUCAGGCCUAAUAACACAAUCUACAUCAACAACCUGAAUGAGAAAAUUAAAAAAGAUGAGCUAAAGAAGUCUCUUUAUGCCAUAUUCUCACAGUUUGGUCAGAUUCUGGAUAUCUUGGUGUCUCGCAGCCUGAAGAUGAGAGGACAGGCUUUUGUUAUAUUUAAAGAAAUAAGCAGUGCCACAAAUGCUCUGAGGUCAAUGCAGGGGUUUCCCUUUUAUGAUAAACCAAUGAGAAUACAAUAUUCAAAAUCCGAUUCUGACAUCAUUGCCAAAAUGAAAGGUACCUAUGUGGAAAGAGACAGAAAGAGGCAGGAGAAGAGGAAGGUGAAAGGCCAGGAAGCUCCGGGUGUUAAAAAGGCUUUACCAGGUGCUGCGUUGCUUCCAGGCGUUCCAGGACAGAUGGCGGGCAUGCAAAAUAUACCUGGUAUGACUCAAGCUCCACGCAUGAUGCAUAUGGCUGGGCAGGCACCCUACAUGCAUCACCCUGGUAUGAUGCCACCACCAGGGAUGGCACCAGGACAGAUCCCACCAGGAGGCAUGCCCCAUGGACACCUGAUGCCUGGGCAGAUGGCACCCAUGCAGCCAAUUUCUGAAAACCCACCUAACCACAUCCUCUUCCUCACCAACCUUCCAGAGGAAACAAAUGAGCUAAUGCUAUCUAUGCUGUUUAACCAAUUUCCUGGUUUCAAGGAAGUUCGACUUGUCCCUGGCCGCCAUGACAUUGCUUUUGUGGAAUUCGAUAAUGAGGUUCAGGCAGGAGCUGCUCGCGAGUCUCUUCAGGGAUUCAAGAUCACACAGAGCAACUCCAUGAAGAUUUCAUUUGCUAAGAAAUAACAGGACAACACACUGGAUUUUGUACCCUGUACUGUUCAAUCCUCACGCACACUGACAUGACUCAGGAGUCGGAGCAGAGUUUUUCCGAACAAUAGUCAGAUGUUGUAUUAUGGUUUUUUUGCCCCUUCUCCAUCAAUACGUGCAGAUGCUAGGUUUUUUUGUUUUUUUUUUAAAAAAGUAAACUUUGUCUGAUGAGAUGAGGUGUCAUAAUGUUGGUGAGUAAAACUUAUUAAUAUUUUUUAAAGUUUUUACUUUUAAGCAUUGCACCCAGAGUCUGCAAGUCAGGCAUUGUACCUGGAGCUUUUUUCUUUUCUUUGCAAUAAACUUUCUUUUUUUUUUUUUUUUU